GUAUUUGAAGCUGAACUCACACGGAAUAGACAGGAACUAGGACAUCACUCCAGGAAAAUACUGGUUAGUGACUUAUUCCUUAUAUUCUAGCUUCAGGUAUCAACCUAGUGGUCAAGCUGGGGGCGCGACCGCUACAGUAUCAUUCAUGGAAACAUUGUCGCAGUGCAGUCCCAUUAACUGGAUUUUGUGUAAUAUAACCAUGAUAUUGAUAACUAAAAUGAAACUUCUGGCUCCGGCGCCGCUCGAAUUCGUCAACAAAAUCGAAUAGGCCUAGAUUUAUGAUCCAAGUCCCUGCGUUUUUUUUUCGCUCUCGUUUUGCUGCAAGAUAAAUCAUAUUUAACUAAGUUUAAAAUGGAUAGCAUGAUUGAUCAUUGAUGGGCAGUGCUGUUCAAUGAACGUGUUCAAGUUCUUCUUCUUCUUCUUCAAGCUACACUGCCUCCUUCAAUCCUGAAGAUUCUUGCAGUAUUGUAGUACCGGGGACCGGCAGGUGCAAUACACCGGGUGAACACCCUACUCUUUGACGAAUAGUGUAUUGGUUUUAACGUGUAUAGGUUGUGACUCUCCUAUACACGGGGGACCAACAUUUGCGUCCUUUCCGAUGGAGUGUUUUCCAACUGCAUUCACACCCGCACUGAACACAGCGGUGAGGCACGUUAACACACAACGCUAGCAUCAGUUUUUUUGUUUUUUUUGUUAGACGUCUUCCGGCAUGCUGCGGGACUCGAACCCACGCACGUUGAGAUCUACGAUCUUUUCCGGAACAGGCGCUCUAACCGACUGAGCUACACUGCCUCCCCCUUCCCAGUUCAAUGAGGUCGAUGACGAUGUCGUCUUGUCGAUGUCAAAUGAAACUGAAAUUCUGAAAGUGUUGAUGACUCGAUGAAACUAAACUCUAAACUAAAGUCCAUUAUUUGUCAAUCGACUCAGACAUCGCUCACUCAUUUGUUUGUGCACUAAAUACUCACUAGUUUGUCUUCAGAUUCUACUUUUUUAAACUUUGCUGAAAAAAAAGUUACAGACACGGGUGAGUGUCGAGUCGUGGGACUGUGACAAGACAACGGUUAUUAUCACUUGUCUUGUCUUGACAAUGUAAUUGGAAAAUGACCUGGCCAUGCUAUGCCUAUGUUCAUGGGCUGGUGGGAAAUGAAAUUUUAUGACAUUGCAUUGUCAUUUCAUUGGUCUUCAGUUUGAAAUUAAAAACGACCUUUGCCACGUAGUACUCGGCUCAAACAUACUGGUCUCUCGGAUCUGCUUCAUGAAUUAAUUGGUGCUUCACAGUGACUGCCAAGGAGAACGACAGAACCUGCAAUGGCCAAUUCAUCCUCUGAAGAUUCCGAUCAGGAGGUUCAGCAACUACCUGGAAACCUUGAUGAUGGCGAUGCGAACACUAUCAAGAUCAUGGUAGCUACGGACUGUCACAUAGGAUACAUGGAGAAAGAUAACAUCCGACACAGUGACUCCAUCAACACGUUUGAAGAGAUCCUGCAGCUGGCUCGCAAAAACAAGGUUGACAUGGUGUUACUUGGUGGAGACCUGUUUCAUGAAAACAAACCUUCCAGGAAGUCCUUGCACGGGGUCAUGACCCUCUUCAGGAAGUACUGCAUGGGGGACAGACCGGUCCAGAUUGAGUUUCUCAGCGAUCAGAGCGUCAACUUUUCAGCCAGUCCAUUCCCCAAUGUGAACUAUGAAGAUCCGAACCUGAACAUUGACAUGCCUGUCUUCUCUAUACACGGAAACCAUGAUGAUCCUGCUGGGCUGGGUAAUCUGUGUGCUUUGGACAUGCUGAGUGUGUCGGGUUUGGUAAACUACUUUGGUAAGAGUACCUCAUUGGAAUCUGUAGAGAUCUCACCCAUCCUUCUCCAGAAAGGAACGUCCAAGCUAGCUAUCUUUGGCUUGGGUUCCAUACGAGAUGAACGUCUUCAUCGGAUGUUUCUAUCGGGGAAGAUAUCCAUGCUGAGACCGAAGCAGAAUGCGGAUUCCUGGUUCAAUAUCUUUGUCAUUCAUCAAAACAGAGCGAAGCAUGGAGAGCACAACUACAUCCCCGAGCAGUUCCUUGACAACUUUAUUGACCUGGUUAUUUGGGGUCACGAGCACGAAUGCCUGAUUGACCCAGUGUGGAAUGCAUCACAGAAUUUCUUUAUCAGUCAACCUGGAAGUAGUAUAGCCACUUCAUUAUCACCGGGCGAAGCAGUGCCAAAACACGUAGGUCUGUUGCAGGUUCGUGGUAAGGCCAUGAAAUGCACUAAGCUCAAGCUUGAGACCGUCAGGCCAUUCUAUCUAGAGGAUAUCACCCUCCAGGAUACCACACUCGAUCCAAACGACGUCAAGAUCUCAGAGAAAACAAUCGCAUUCUGCACUGAAAAGGUUGAAUCCUUGAUACAAAAAGCAGCCGACGAGCACACAGGGAAUAGAAAGCAGCCAGACCUCCCUCUCAUUCGACUUAGGGUGGACUACAGCGGGGGAUUCGAUACAUUCAAUGUUAAUCGCUUUGGUCAGAAGUUUGUUGGUCGGGUGGCAAACACCAAGGAUCUUAUCCGCUUUACAAAGAGAAGGGUACAACUCAAGAAAGAAGAUACCAAACCUGGAGAAGACUUGGGCGAGUUCCUCAAGCCAGAAGCUCUGGAAACUGAAAGAGUUGAAGACCUUGUCCGGAAGUAUUUCUCAGAAACAGAAGAGUCAAAGCAGCUGGAACUCUUGUCAGAGAAGGGUUUGGGCCAAGCUGUCCGGGAAUACGUUGAUAAGGAAGAGAAGGAAGCUAUCCAAGCUCUCGUUAAGCACCAGCUCACGCAAACUCAGGGUCAACUCAAGACCAGGAGAACAACGGAAGAUCACAUCGACGUCGAGCUGCAUCGAUUUAAAGAGGAGAGAAGACAAAUGAGUGAAGCAGACGUCACCAGUGAAGUCAAAGCAGCCAUUGAUGAAGAUCGAAGUCAGAGACCAGAUGCCUACUCCCAGGACUAUGGCGGAGACAGUGAUGACGACAGCAUGGUGACAGGCAAUGGGGACGCCUCCUCCAUGUCCACCAGAGGGCGUGGCAGGGGGAGGGGCGGGAGAGGAAGAGGAGCAGCUGGCAGCACCGCCACAAGAGGAAGAGGAAGCAGAGGUGGCAGGGGUAGCAGAGGAGGAAGAGGUCAAAGUUCAUCAAGUCGAGGGUCAGCAGCUUCCAAACAGAGUCUCCUGAUGACAUCCUUUGCAAACGCGUCUUCAUCAAGCAACAGAACCAAACCGGGAGCCAUUGCAUUUGAGGAUGAUGAUGUCGACGAUAUGGAUUCCAUGCCAGUGUCAAGAAACAAUAAAACAGCUAAACGGAAAACAACGUCAAAAAAUGUGAUUGAAAUCAGUGACUCCUCAGAGAAUGACAGUGAUGACCCGUUCAGUGCAAUGAGCUCGUCCAACCGGAGUCAACCUAAGAGAGGCAGACGGUACUAACAUCUCGAUACUGCAAACCCAUUCAUGCCUGUGGACUGAGAAUGCAAAGAUAGGACUUGUUACCAGUCCUAGCACUGCAGUUUGAAUGGUGGAAAUGUGCACAUUAAGAAUUAUAUGGACUGAGAAUGCAAAGAUAGGACAUCUUACAAAUCUGUUAGUGCAGGAGUCAAGCAAAGAGAGGCAGACGGUACUAACAUCUCAACACUACCAACCCAUUCAUGCCUAUUGACUGAGAAUGCAAAGAUCGGGCAUCUAACCAGUCUUUUAGUAUAGGAGUCAAGCAAAGAGGGAGAGACGGUACUAACAUCUCAGUACUGAAACCCAUUCACGUCUAUGGACUGAGAAUACAAAGAUGGGACAUUGUACCAGUCUGUUAGCACUGCUAUUUGUCUUGCACUCUACACAGUGCCUCAGCAAAACUGCAUAUGCUAAGCAAUAUGUGAUUGCCCUAGGAAACCACCGUUCUUUUGAGGCACCGUAUAAUUUCAGUACUACUUGAAGAAGUGCGUCCUUUGACACUUUUGAAGGUACAAUCUUGAAAUGCACAGUAGGCGAUCUAUAUCUAUGAAUCAUAAUCUGGCAUCUAUGACAUAACUGUAAACAUAAAUUUAGAGUUAGACAAAUAUAUCAUGCACUUUACCAACAAUUACUUUUUUUACCAUUCCAGGUAUGAGCUAAUCAAUUUUCUAUGGUAGGUUAUUUGGAAAAUUGCCAUUUGGUCUUCACCCACUUCGUCGUCUUUCCUAUUAAUCUCGUCCCACAUGCUCUAACCCUACUUCGUCUCCAAUCAAUUUUCCUAGUAACCAUUUGGUCUAAUUGCCAUUCAGCCCAUUUACGAACCAAAGUUUCAUUUGACAAAGUGCAACAUAAAAAGUAGAUGAAGAGGAGAUUAGACGUUCUAAUCUGGGCAUUAGAAUAAAUAAUAGUUGACCAAGUGAUGGUUCUAUGAAAUGGGCGGUAGACCGAAUUGGUAUUAGACCAUGUAGGUUAAGCCAUGAUACUGUUGGGCGAUCUAAGGAAAAGACCAUCUGUUAGUGGAUAAUAAUGUGAGAUGGUGUUGUUUUUUUAUAGUGUAUUCAUAUAUAUACGAGCAACUGAAAUUCAUUGUGGAAGUAUGUAUUGUAACAGUGUAGAAAUAAUAAACACUUUAUAAUCUCCUUGAUUUGAUAUAUGAAUGUAAACUAUCUGUUUGGAUCGUGUAUGUAUGUUCGACUUUGAAGAAAUUCCUCUUGAAAGAGGGGAAAAACACAUUUUUGAUAGGUAAUUUUGUCUGAAAUACUGCGCUGAUGGAAGCAAUUAUGCUCCCUGCCAAGGAAAGUUUCAAGGAGUUAUAUACGAUUCAGUGCACAGUCGGGCAGGAGAACAGUCUGGCGGACUCUUGGUCAAACUACUUCCUCGGUUUUCACCCAGUGCUCAUUAGACUUUGCUCUUACAUUAGUCUUUGAGUCAACACAUGGAAGAUAAUUCUUUUUAAGAAUAUAUCUAGUAUUGCAUUGCUUUGCUAGCAACAUAUGACAAUUAAUCCUACUCAUUACCAAAGUAUCUUAUAUAGAUUAUUCAGUCACAUUCCCAGAGCUAUACUUUCGAUUCACACGUCCAAUCUUGCUAUGAAUGAGUGAUAAUGUUUUAUAACAUUACCCACAUCAAGUAAAAACUAUUUCAUUAUAUUCAGCUUGCUUAUGAUCAGUCAUGCAUAAACUGUCAUCUUCGAACCUGCUUUAUACUAUAUUCGUACUGCCCACUGAAUCAAUUAGACUCUACACAUAAUUAUAAGUGAUAAUUUUUUUUUUGUCACUGCUUAUGUUGAGAAAUAUCCAGUGAUGCAAUGUGUUUGUGUAUGUUUUAAAUGUAACAUAUUGAUGUACUCAGAAUAACAAGGCAUUUUAGACCUUCUCUGUUUUUGCUGCAAUCACAUAUAAAUGGAAUUGAAUUAAAUUUGAGUUCCUCCACAUCAAGAGCAUGUAUAUGUACAAUCAUAUAACGAAGUAGAGCAUCUGAUUAAAGGUCAAGUCCACCUCAGAAAAAUGUUGAUUUGUAUCAAUAGAGAAAAAUCAGGCAAGCACAAUGCUGAAAAUUUCAUCAAAAUCGGAUGUAAAAUAAGAAAGUUAUGACAUUUCAAAGUUUCGCUUAUUUUUAACAAAAUAGUUAUAUGAACGAGCCAGUUACAUCCAAAUGAGAGAGUCGAUGAUGUCACUCACUCACUAUUUCUUUUGUUUUUUAUUGUUUUAAUUAUACAAUAUUUCAAUUUUUACGAAUUUGAUGAUUAGGACCUCCUUGCAUGAAGCACAAAAUGUUAAAAUAAUGGAAUUCCACGUGUUCAGGGAGGAAUGAAACUUCAUUUCACAUGACAAUGACGAGAAAAUCAAAAUAUUUCAUAUUUCAUAUAAUAAAAUACAAAAGAAAUAGUGAGUGAGUUAUGUCAUCAGUUCCCUCAUUUGCAUACCGACCGAGAUGUGCAUAUAACUGUUUUGUGAAAUGAAGCGAAACUUUAAAAUGUCAUAACUUUCUUAUUUUACAUCCGAUUUUGAUGAAAUUUUUAGUGUUAUGCUUGUUGAAUUUUUCUCUUUUUAUUCAAAUCAAGUUUUUGUUGGGGUGGACUUGUCCUUUAAGUAUUUGACACAAGACAAGCACCAAUGAACAAAUUGGAAAUUUAAAUCACAAUUUGGUGGUAACUUUUACGCUUUUAUACAGGGUAGGGUAAAAAAAUAAUAAUAAUUGGAGCUGACAAUCAAAUAGAUUUGAUACUUUUCAGGACUAAUGAGAUUCAUUGAUUUCAGAGCCAACUUGAAACUCAACUAAUACUUAUUAUAACUUUCCGUAUCAAAAGGCAGUUUCUGUGAAUACUGUCUGUUUUCAGCAACCGCACAAAAUCACUGUCCCUACUUAUACUGAGACCGUGAUAAAAACUGAACACUUGUUUCAACAAAUUGAUGCUUACAAUUGUUGGUCAUAGACUUACAGUCAUGUAUUUGUAGGGAAGUUCCCCCUGACGAAAAGUUUGUUGUAAAAAUAGCAGAUAAAUAAGUAAAAAAUAUCGUUGAAGGUUUGACAAAAAUCCAUCAAAGAUUAAGAAAGUUAUUUGAAUUUUAAAUUUUUGAUUUGUGACGUCAUAUACGAGCAGCUUCCCCAUAUGUUAUGUAAUGUAAAAUCCAUAAAUUUCAAUUUUUUAAUGGUUCUUGCCUUGGUGACUUAUGAUUUUAGUUCUUUCAGUAGUGGGCGUGAACUUAUUUGUCUAUUGAUAUACUGAAGGCACAAUAAACACUAUUUUCAAUUUUCUAAGAAAAUGACAUUUUAUUGAUUAUCUUCCGUAUGAUAUGUGGGAAAGAUGCUCGCAUAUGACAUCACAGAUCAAACAACUUAAUAUUCUAAUAAUUUUUUAUAUUCUUUGAUGGAUUUUUCUCAAACCUUCGCCAAUAUUUUUUAAAUUAUUUUUUCUGCUAUUUUCACACUAAACUCUUUGUUAGGGUGAACUGCCCCUUUAAUAAGCCAGUUCGUAGUUCCUUUCUGCGCAUGAUCAAAAGAUUCUGCGCAUGAUCAGAGGAAGGUCAUUUGUACUAGAAUGACAUGGUUUAAUGGUUUAAAAUCUAAUGAGAUAAGCACCAACUUUGAUGUCUUGAUUAUUCAUAUAUUCUUUUGAAUUGUGUUUUUCAUCUACAUCCAAAAACAACAACAAUGCGUCCACGGACGACUGGUAUUUCACAGUUUGCCAAGUACAUUGUGCAACAUGCUAUGAUAUGCAUUCAAAGUAGGAAUGCAACAAAUACCUUCAUAGAGUGUUCAUUUGUGUGAUAUUCUAGUCACCUGGUCUAUUCAAUUUCUUCAUCCUGCUAUGUAAGGCAUGCUUACGUAAUAUCUUGCUUUGAAAUCUGCCUAUCAUAAUGAAAGAAAUGAAAGGUCAUUUGACCCAAAUUGUCCAUGAAGUAACUACGAACUGGUCUAUUAUACAAUUGGUUUUAUCUUUGAUGUUUUAGGAACCCAGAUCAAAAAUUCAUAUUUCUGUGUAAAUUGCUCUUGAAGUGGAUUCACUUCCUUUGCAUUUUCACUUUCAUUUGCUAAAAUGAUGCAUCCGUUUAUAUUAUUUUAGACAUAUGUAAUAAGAAAUGUAUUAUAUAAUUAUGUUUCUUUAAUUAUAUACCAAAGCAAUAAAUCAUUUAGCGCAAAAUUCA